AUGUCUGAGUCGCCCAGAUCCGAAAAGGAGCUGUGCCUCACCAGGUUCAGCACCCCAGUUCCCGAACUCGAUGACCAUCGCUUCCACUUAGACCCUCCCCGCAUUGAAGCUACACCGGACAUGUCUCUCAGUCGACAGCAUACUGCCCAGCACGGCUUUACCGCGGAAACUCCCCAGCGAUCCGAUCUGCUCCAGAUUCAGAAUGCCCUUCGCGAAGCGGGCUCCUUCUCUCGGGAUUUCGAGCAAGCCGUCGUGGAUGAUGAUCGCUCCGUCGACGAGCCCAAUGGCCUCGGACGGCGGCUCUCGGUGGAUCCGACGGGCGUGCGCCAUACGCGUACGUUCAGCCGGACCCAUCAAGAUAUCGGCACCGUCUCGAGGGCUUCCUCUGUUUCGGCUCGGUCGACAUCGCCUCCGAACUCGGUAGAGGCUUUUGCAGACCCACGCCGUCGCGAGCGCGCCAACACGUUGGAAAGCCAUGCCGCUCCGGACUUGGAGGCGAUCCUUCAACGGACCGUGUCAGGGGGCACCCACGCCCGCCGCCCUACGUUCAGCAAUGCGAGCAUCAUCAGACCUCAGCCGGGCGACAUCCAGCUAGACGCUAACGACGACGUAUGCGUACCGACCUACGAACAGCCCGGUAGGAUUCCCGUGAUCGACUACGAGGAAUUGGAAGAAUUCGUGGCUUUGAAUCAAAAGUCCAAGCCCACCACGCGGCGCAAGCAGAGCUUGAGCUCCCAAGGCCGGAAGCCGCGCGUGUUUUACGACCUCCGUCCGGGAGCGCAGAAGUCGGAUGGCGUGGAUGUGCAGCAGUCCUCCAGUGACGAGCGUUCCUCGGACGACUUCCUGGGGCUGGACUCGAAAGUGAACGAGAAAGUCAUGAAUGACAAGGAAUUAUUGGAUAACCUGAAAAAUGAGAACGAGCCGACCCGAUUUGGUUUCUUCUCAUCCGAAUCCCAGAGCACCGUGCACGCUGCCGAUUUGGGGGAUCUAGUCUUGCCGGGGGACACCUUCCGGGACCUCUUUCAGCUGGGGCCCGACGGAGGUGUGUGGUGGCUAGAUGUCUUGAAUCCCACUGAAGACGAAGUGGGUGCGCUCUCAAGGGCCUUUUCCAUUCACCCUCUGACGACGGAAGAUAUCCUGACUCAGGAAGCCCGAGAGAAAGUGGAGCUGUUCAAGCAGUACUAUUUCGUCUGUUUCCGUACGUUCUAUCAAAUGGACAAGAGCAGCGAGCAAUUUAUGGAACCGGUGAAUUUCUACAUGGUGGUUUUCCGGGAUGGGGUCCUGUCGUUCUCCUUCACCGAGAAUCCCCACGCUGCGAACGUGCGGCGGAGAAUUGGAAAGCUUCGCGACUAUGUGUCUUUGAGCAGUGACUGGAUCUGUUACGCCAUGAUUGACGAUAUCGUCGACAGUUUUGGCCCCGUGAUUCGGGAAAUUGAAGUUGAAUCAGAGGCGAUUGAGGACCUGGUCUUCAUCGCUCGCAUGGACGAUUUCGAGUCCUUCUUGCCACGGAUUGGUGGCCUACGCAAGAAGGUGAUGAGUCUGAUGCGCCUUUUGGGUGGCAAGGCCGAUGUCAUUCGGGGCUUCUCCAAGCGCUGCAAUGAGCAAUAUUCCGUGACACCCCGCGGCGAUAUCGGCCUCUAUCUUGGUGAUAUCCAGGACCACGUCGUCACGAUGAUGUCGAACCUUGCGCAUUUCGAGAAGAUGCUCAGUCGCUCGCACACCAAUUACCUGGCCCAGCUGAACGUGACCAACCUGGUUCUCGGCAACCAUGUUAACAAGGUCCUGAGCAAGGUGACGCUCAUUGCGACGAUGUUGGUCCCGAUGAACCUGAUCUGUGGUUUGUUUGGAAUGAACGUGCCUGUCCCUGGGCAGCAUUCCGAUGGCCUUGGAUGGUGGUUUGGGAUCCUUGGAGUUAUUGCUGCUGUGAUCAUCCUCAGCGGGGUUGCGGCUCGGUUUUAUAAGCUUUGCUCUAUGCUCUACUUAUGUACAUUCCACGUGGCGCAGCGGGAGCCGAACUCCGCCAGGCAGAAAGUCAACACCGCCGAUCCUCCGCUGCGGAUGCAUGUUGUUGGCGACAUCAGUGCCGUCAGCUUCGUGAAUGACUCUCUCCUUCUUCUCUUCUCUGGACCUUCUUCCCUCACGAUUCGGCAGGACUCCGCCGUGAGAGGAAUUCCGUUCCUGGGUUUCCCACUAACGCUCCUUAUGCGGCUUAAAAACCCGAUACUGCAGUGCCCCUUUGGUGCAACUGUCAGCGCAACUGUCUUCGCCUACGUGGUCGCUUUCGCUAUUCUGAGCGCACAUUACGUCGCCGCCACAGACCUCCCGGCCUUGCCUUCGGAAGACCCAACCGCCCUGUUUCUCGGCGCAGACGACCCCCAGCUGUCUUUCGCUCUCAGUUCAUACAACGGUCUGGUCAUCGAAGAUGUCGUGGAUGACGCGGGGGAAGCGCGGGGCCUAGAUCUUGUCCGCCGUGCUCCCAGCGGCGUGACUGCUCUGGGGAACAAUCAGUACCAGGAUGGCGGCGUCGAGCGAGGCGUCACUCAAUGGUGGUACUUCCCGAAGGAUGGGAAGAAUGAGUCCGAGAGCCAAACCGGCAACAGUCAUUCCAAGCGGUCGAGCUCGGUCUACCUCUCUCUAACCGCCUGUUCGAAACCUACUUCGAAGGACGGGAAGAGCCUCCCGCAGCUGCAGCUGUAUGUGUCCAAGUCCGCAGACCUGCAAAAGCCCGGUCCGGGCGGAGACAGUGCCAAGCAGGAUGUCUACACAGCGGUGGAGGGGUAUGCCAACGUGACGAUGCAAGCCGACGGAGAUGUGUACAUCGGGGUCUGGGCGCCCAACAGCACGGAGUACUCGGGCUCCUACACGUAUCAGAUCGCGGCGUCGACCGACGCCCUGUUCCACCAAGUGAAGGACGAGAGAUACCUCUUUUUCGUCGACUCGGACACCAACAAUGCGCUGUUCACCACCGCCAACCUGACGGCCUCGGACUUUGGGCUCCAGACUGAGAGCGAGCUGAUGGACAUGACGCCGCCGUUCACCAUGUUCGCGAACAACGUCAAUGACAGCGCAAUCGACGGGCUGCAGCGGUCGUACUGCGCGCUCAACACGCUGGCGCAGAUCGGCAAGGGCGACCAGAACAUCAAAACGAGCAUGACACGCGUGGGCAUCGGCCACCGGCCCAAGCAGCAGUUCUACCUCACGGGGCUCAACAAGACGUCGACGUACACGGGCAUCCUCGCGAAAGACGGCAACACCACCAGCGCGGGCAACGGCGUCGUCGGCGGCGGCGGCACCGUCUACCUCCCGCGCACCUUCAGCACCAAAACCGAGGACAACUGCGCGGUCGUGUACGACCUCCCGUUCUGCUCCGAGGUCGCGUACGCGGUCCCGUCCAACCCGCACAAGGACCUCGACGAGAUCCGCCGCAUCUACGACGACAACGCCGCCGCCCUCUACAAGAAUUUCACCUACUCCCUCGCCCAGGUGCAGUGCAACGCCUCCAACGAGACGCGCUACUCUCUCGCCACCACCUGCGACGACUGCGCCCACGCCUACAAGCAGUGGCUCUGCGCCGUCACCAUCCCGCGCUGCGCCGACUUCUCCAACCCGGCCGACUUCCUGCACCCGCGCAACGUCGGCCAGGCCUUCGACAACCACUCCGCCCCCGCCGUCGCCAACCACUCCCAGCUCGCCCUCCCGGCCUACACCCGCUCGCGCAACCCCCUCAUCGACGAGGUCAUCCGCCCGGGCCCCUACAAGGAGAUCCUCCCCUGCCAGGACGUCUGCUUCACCCUUGUCCAGCGUUGUCCGUCUGUCCUGCAGUUCACGUGCCCCACAGGCAGGUGGCUGGACCUGUCGUACGGCACGCGGCCCGCGAACGGCGACAUUACGUGCAGUUAUCUGGGGGCGGCGUAUUUCCUGAACGCGGCGGGACGCACGUCGGCGUCGGUGGCUGCCCUCGCCGCAUGGCUGACUGCGUUGCUUCUAGUUUGA